AUGAUGAACGUCAACGACAUUAAGGAUGAGCAACAAGAAAAUCGACUCACGGUCACCAAACCCCAAAACCAUUUUGCACACAUUUUUUCAGAAAGUGCAUAUGGAUAUGGAAGCGACGCGGUCGUCAAGGAUGAGGAUAUGGAUGUCGGGUGCUCCGAACGCCAAUUCGACAAGCGGGUGCCGCGUGCGGCCAUUUCCAUAUCGAUAUAUAUUGCCAGCAACUGA